ACAAACUACUCUAUUAUCAUUCGCUUCUUCUUCUUCUUCUUCUUCUUCUUCUUCUUGUUUCAACAAAAAGCAAGAAGAAGGAAUGGACUCCACCAAGAUCUCAGCUUUCCUCCUCAUUUGCAUGUUCUUCAUUUCCUCCACCACUCCAAUUCUUGGCUAUUGUUCUUGCGACAACCACAAGCCACCAAAGCACAAGGGCCACAAGGGAAAAUUUCCUCACCCUCCCAUUACUAUUCCUCCCAAAGUUAAGCCUCCAAUCAAGUUGCCACCAGUCAUCCCUCCUAUUGUGAAGCCGCCGGUGACAGUUCCUCCUAUUGUGAAGCCACCAGUGACUCUCCCUCCUGUGACAUUUCCUCCCAUUGUGAAGCCACCAGUGACUCUCCCUCCAGUGACAGUUCCUCCCAUUAAGCCACCAGUGACUCUCCCUCCGGUUACAGUUCCUCCCAUUGUGAAUCCACCGGUGACUCUCCCUCUCCCUCCAGUGACAGUUCCUCCCAUUGUGAAGCCACCGGUGACUCUCCCUCUCCCUCCAGUGACAGUUCCUCCAAUCACAGUUCCUCCGGUCACAAUUCCUCCAGUGAUUACAAAGCCACCAAAGGGACAUACUCCAUGUCUCUCACCACCAGCUAAGGCUACAUGCCCAAUUGAUACUCUGAAACUGGGUGCCUGUGUGGAUCUUCUUGGAGGGCUGGUGCACAUUGGUGUCGGUGACCCAGUUGUGAACAAGUGUUGCCCAGUUCUCGCUGGACUUGUAGAGCUUGAAGCUGCAGUCUGCUUGUGCACCACUCUCAAGCUCAAGCUUCUCAACCUUAACAUCUAUGUCCCUCUUGCUCUCCAACUCCUUGUUACCUGUGGGAAGACACCUCCUCCUGGUUACACCUGCUCUCUUUAGGCGACCCAAGUCGCCAGAAACAUAGAUGGACGACAUGAGAGGAUGUCGAGCCUCUCCUUUUGUUUGUUCUUUCUCUUUCUCUCCUUAAUUCUCCUUUGUUUUCUUGAUUGGUAUUGAUGAAGAUGAAGGUUUGGAUUAUUAAUUUGUACAUCAUUUAAUUUUUAUAAAAUUGUUGCGUGCAUCUGUCGUUUGUCUUAGACCAGAAAGCAAUCAAGAGAAUUCUCUCUAUCA